AUGAAAUUGGGAGAUGAUCUUUCACGAGAUACGUCAUGUAUAGUCUUCGCAUUAUUGAAGGAAUUGAAAAGCGUCGCGCCGUCGGAAGUGCCCAUUACGCCUCUCGCCAAUUGGAGAGUACAAUUAAGAGAUUCUAAAGGGAACUAUAUCGGUCAUUCGGCAGUCAUCAACGAUGGCGUAUACUGGGUGGAUUUUGUUAAUGUCGAAUAUGCAGCCAUCGUCGAAGGGAGCUUAAAUGAACCAGGACCGAUAGUAGAUACCCAGGACACCUCUGCAGGCCCUCUAAAAGGGGGGAGCUCACCUGGUAGCACACCGUUGUCCUCGACCUCAAGACCAGGAGGAAGCGUUCCGAAGAGCAUUUUAGUAGAAGGUACGGGGAAUUUGCCAAUAGCCGAUCCCCCAGCCCAUGUCGAUGGAGGCCCUGUGGGCUCCAUAAACAAGAUGGUUAUUGGCCACUGUGAGGCGUAUCCUGAGAAUAGUGAGUCUAUUUCAUCGCCAAUGUUUGAUUCCCAAGAAGAUGAUUCAAGAAAGGUGCAGAAUUGGCAAAACCUGCCCAGCGCCAAAUCACAACUAGUUGAUUUACGGGCUGGGGAAGAUCCUACAAUCGGCCACUCCAAACCGGUUUCCUCCAAGCCGAUUGCCGCCCCUGAACAAAAAGCUACUCCUACAAAAAUUGACAACUUCCGGACUGGAGGCAACACCACCCGAAACAAUGACACGCUGGAAACAAUGAUCAAAAGCGAAUCUGCAGGGGAUGGCCCUAGCGAAAGCGAAUCUGGGGGGGGUGGCCCUAGAGCUCUUAUUGGCGUGCAGCCGACAGAAAACCUCACCUCGGUCGUUGAUGGUUUGCACGGUACGUCAGUCAUUGACGGUUUGCUGGCGAGAGCCGUGGAUACGGAUGGUGUGACCGCCGGAAAGGUUGAGGCCGUUCCGGCUGCAAAGGUUGCGGCCACUCCGACUGCAAACGGCGGGACAACUCCGACUGCGAAGGUCGCUCGCACCCCGGCUGGGAAGACUGCAACCGGCGGGGGCGAUUCCUUGGCGACAAAACCGGCUGAAGCCGCCAAUCGAAGCGCUUCGAAAGUUGGACCGCAUAUUGGCCCAACGUCUAUAAAGAUGGUCGUCCCUGCGGUCAACACGACAGUCAAGACGGCAACCAAGACGACGGGCAAGACCACAACCUCUGGUGUGCCUGGCAGUCCAAAAAGGGCUGCAGCUCUUUCCCCGCAGGACCCGAAACGAACAGGGAAGAAAAAGGGUGCCAAGAAAGCCCGCUACCUAGUCUCGGACACGGAAGAUGAUAGCGAAUCACACAGCAGUGGCAACACUCCGAAAGAAAAGACUAGUCGUCAAUCAGGUCCUCAUAAAUCCAACUUGUCCGAAUCUAAACCUCCUACGGACAGACCUCUAACAGACAGACCUCUAACAGACAGACCUCUAACAGACAGACCUCUAACAGACAGACCUCUAACGUGUAAGGGGGGUGGACUCGCCCCGACGGGCGGGCGACCCCCGACGGGCGGGCGACCCCCUACGGUUGGGCAACGCCCAACGGGUGGACUACUCCCGACGGGACCUACUUCGGGUGUGCAAGGUGCUUCGGGUGAGGCGGUGAGCCAACCGGUGAGACCAAAGCAGUCGACAUCGUCGAGUCACGCGUCGCCGGUGGAUGCCACGGUGGGUGGGCCGGUGACUGCCACAAGUCCAACGCUAAUCGAGUUAGUGACGAUUAAGCCGGAGCCGCGGAUUAGUCAUUCCCCUCCGAAUAACCUGGGGCCUGGUGCUCCGCUCAGCGGUAGUCUUACCCCGAUCCAAACUAAUACCCCGAUCCAAACUAAUACCCCGAUCCAAAGUACUACUACGGUCCAAAGUACUACGCGAGUCGUUCGCGGCAGUCCGAGAGUUAUAACGCCGAAGAGCCAAGCCAUCGUGAUUGAUUUGGAUGAUGAGGACGACGCUGAGCCUGUGUUUGUGCGUCCGUUUGCAUACCUGGUCCCGGAGGAUGAUCAGUCGAUGUUUUGCCUAGGUGCGGAUCCGCCGUUGGAGUUAAGGCGUUGUUCAAAUAUAUCUUUAAGUUUGCGAAGUUUCUCGGAAGCGGACUUGCGUUUAUUUCUACCUAUGUCCGUGCUGCAACAGAGGCUGAACCGGUCGAAUGUGGAGUCAGUGACGCUAUUGAUGAACCAAUAUGAAAGACAGGUGAGAUCCCGAAGGAAUGGUGGUGUUAUGGAGGCAGCCUUUGCGCUAUCGGGCGAACUUGGAGACAACGUGUACCGAGAGUACGCGGCUGCCAUUGCCUCACUCUGGGUACAAGGUCACCGGAGACAUCUCUGGGUCUGUAAGGCACCUGCCGAUCGCGUGGCCGGGCUCCAAUUCGCCUUCGAACAGCUCGAAGUAGACUUCGUCCCCGUCGCGCAAAUCAGGAGCUAUAAUCAAGAGGAACUGGGCCAAGAGGGUGUCCUUGUUCUCUGCGACCGGGCGUUCUUCAGAGAGAACCCUACACCGGAAUACCCUCUCCCCUUCCCCAAUGAGACGGACAUGGCUGACUCCGUAACUGGUGCGACAAAGGCUAGUGCGGCAAAGGCUAGUGCGGCAAAGGCUAGUGCGGCAAAGGCUAGUGCGUUAAAGGCUAAUGCCGUAAAGGCUAAUGCCGUAAAUGCUAGAGCGGGAGGAUACCGCCAACCUUUGUCUCAGGCCGAGCGUAAGUGCUUCUGUCUAGGUAGUUGUGCUUGUGGUUUGUUGCAUUGGAUGGCCUCUGGAAAGCUCAAUCUCGAGCCAGUUAAGUCCCAGUCGUAUAUGUGGACCAAGUGGAUGCAGGGUUAUCGAAAAGGCUUUGCUGACAUGGUUAGAGAAUUUUGUGGACUGGUGAUUGUUGACCAUGAGUGCAUCCGAUUACUCGCUAUCAGGCGGCGCAUAUCUUACUGGUAUGACCGUUUACUUAGAUUAAAAUACAGCAGCUUUGUUAUAUACCAUAAUGUAAAGUUUGAUGAUAAGGAGUGCGCGUUGGGAUUAAUCCGAUUGAUUAACAAAAGUGUGUGUCAGUGUGCGAACGUGAAUCCGAAGCAUGAAAUACAAGCUGAUGGACUUCCGCCUUGUGCUAUUGAGCAGAAUGCUGCAUUGGCAAAGGUGGAUGUUGAAUACUGGACCAUCUACAAAGCUGAUUUGUUGAAUAAAGGACGGCUGCUGGAAAGAAAAUUCACGCCAGAUCCUGGCCGAUUCGCAGUAACCCGAGUAAAAGUCGACCUGACGUGGCCGACCGAUUAUAACCGACCGACGGAUUAUAACCGACCGACGGAGCAAGCCGAAGCAGGAAUCCGGGAGCAGGUGUUGAAAGUUAUUGCGCUACUGCAAGAGUAUACUAAGGGGUUCAUACGAAUGGCUGUGAAAGUGUCUGAGGAGAACGAGACAGUCCAGUCACUGAUUGUCUGGAUCUCACGAAUUGUGAGGUGCUUGAUAAACCUAAUCAAGUACGACUACGUCGUCGAUAAUAGGAAACUACUAUCCAACCCAUCCCUCACUCUUAUGCUGGAGGGGCCGAUGACGUACGAGCUGCCUCUACUGAAUAUUCAGGGGUAUAUAGAGCAACAAUUGUCUAUGGCUAAGGAGGGUCGUACUGGACAAUGGUUUGAAGCAAAAAAAUUCUUUACUGACAUCCAGAUCGCGAUGAUCAAGUUUGUUCGCGGUAAAGUCUCUCAACUAAUGGGAGUUGCCGCCGUACCUAGCACCAGCGGCGGUCGACUGCCGGACAAUAAUUGUGCCGAGGAUAGCCCCCUAGACGGAUCGCUGGAUUCUCCCGAUUCCUCGACUUUAUCCGUGUUCUCCCAUGCGGCAGAAAAAAAGGCCAAGGCUAGACGUCUGGUCCACGUAGUACCCGGCACCGGCCAUGUUGUCGCUUCGUACCCCAUGAAUCCUCUUGAUAUAGCCAAUAGAAUUCAGGCAUGCACACGCGUGUUUAUUCUCGGAUUUAUCGAAGAUUUCGAUCGUCUGAAAUGCGAAGUGGAGACGCUUCUAGCAUUCCUACCGAGGGCAAAAAUUCACUUUUUGAUUACGGAGUCGAUUUGGGAUGUUGCCAAUGUUACCCGCUUGCUAGAAGACUGGGAAAUCAUGGACCAAGUGGCCUUUCCGUCAAGUUGGGACGUUGCAGCCUGCGACAAGGGCGUGGGCAAUGCGGCAAGCGCAAUAAAUCUUAGCACGCAUUGUCUACGGACCUUCCACCCGUGCACCCAGCUCAGGCUUCUCGACGCAGUUAUCUACAUGUCCAGGUACUACGCUAACCUGAAUUCGCCGGAUUUCGACGUCAUUCUCGAGGCGGUCAAUAUUUCACACAUCAACAAGUUCACAGAGAUCGACUAUUUGCAAAUGUUUGCGAGGAACUUGAUGUUGACGGAUGUCAGACACCAAAAAGUGAUAUGCGACAAGCUGCGGUCCAUGCUGCAGAUAUAUUUGCUCUCAGUAGAGAGCUCAGAGAAAGUGCUCGUGUCUCUCGCGGCUUUAAUGAGCUGCGGUGUGUUGCCGAAGACUGUUCGACCGCUGGCAAAGUUGGACGUCAAUUUCGCGUUAAAUUUCACCUGUAUGGAAACGUUGUUGAGUUGGUGCCGAAAACGAUUUGGGGUCCUGAGACCGGAACCAGGAUUCUACACGGGAGUUGACGGCGUGGUCUUUAUUCUGCCGCUGGCCGCUGCGUGCUCCAUUGCCAAAAAAACCAACGCGUACAACAUGUCGCUCGGCCCGCCACACAAUCCCGCAACGCCCGAACCGAAAACGACUACCGGGCACAAAAAGCUGCAGAGCAAAGAGGCAGGACGGAGUGCAGGUCGUAUCGUGGUUCAUUUGUCAGAUGAGACCCGGAGACGAGUGAUCACAAAUGACCCAGUUGUCGCAGACGCGCGAGCAGUUACCGAUGAGGGCACGGUCACCGUGGUAAGGCGGGACGUGACGACGAGCGCUGGAGAAAUCGUGAUGGCAGGAGACGAACGAAACGGCCAGGAGGCGACGUGGCGGUUCUCCCGCGAGCCUGAUGCUUUGCGGGCCAUGGCUGACCGUGUCCUGGUUUUCACACCGAGGGGCUGUGCCAUUCAGGAAUGUGUUUUGGAGGACGGUACUGUUCGGUUGCGGACAGGUACGAUCCGUAAGAUCAGCGACGACGAAGGGCGUGGCGUAUGGUCGGCUGCCGCAACGUCUAGCCAGGGUCUAGUUAGUCACAAGAAGGUGAGUCUGCUUACGGAGGAUAUGAUUCCGAUAUUGCGUCAGGGCAUACAAGACCGUCGGUGGCCGAUAUAUGAUUGUCUGGAUGCAGUGGCGCGUGACAAGGAUAAUACAUAUUCGGCUUUGGUACAAGUAAUGAGUGUGAAUUUAGGUCGAAGUUACGUAACAGGUGUUUUUCUCUUCGGUGAAAUUGCCGAUGGUUAUUGUCGCCGUCUGAUUGCAUGGCCGAAUAGCGCUGCUGAGGUGGUUCGUGAGUGGGUACGAGUGAGCAAUGGGCACCGAGGACUGUUGCUUAAUUAUCACCUCGUGUUUUGCGCGGCUCUACCAUCUUUCCUCACAUUGGUGUUCAGUAAAAUUGACCGCUGGUUUGACGGCUUUGUGCCCAACAACGAGAUCGGCAUCACCUCCAGCAUCGUCAACUGUGCCGUGGAAGCCGUCAUUGCCGAUCUCACGCUGUCCGUGAAACGAGUGAAUGUCAAUGUCCACCAAUCAAUCGCCGCACAUAUUGUCGAGUUAGAACGCGUCUACGCAACUGCCAACCUGCAGACACACCUACAGGACAUCCUCAACGCAAGCAUGGUCAACACAAACCUGCUUGGGUCGGGUAGCUCGGAUGUACUGAUCUCGGGUCUGCUUGGCAAAAUAUGCAGGAUACUAUGCUGCAAUUUAGACUCUCUUCAGAGAUAUGUGCUUGCCAGAAUAUACCGAGAGACGUCUGUUGGCGUGUCUAACGAAGAACUCCUCUCCUGGGCCGUCGUCUUUAAUUGCGUGUACCCCACCCAUCAAAUACCCGUCUUGACCGCCGAGCUGCUCAACCACGUCUUACUGGACGCCGCAAACCAACGAGUUUUUGGUCUCAGCUACGACGAGAACAAACUCAUGAGAAAGAUUACUAACCUUGACAAUAAAGUGCGGUUGGAAACACAUAGGGUAUGGAAACACAUGCUAGGACACAUCGCACAAUCAGGUCAAACACGACACCCAGAUCAUACACGGCAACCAGAACAAGCAAGGAGAACAGAAGAACAUGCACGACUGGAAUCCAACAUGAGGUGGGAUGGGAAUGGUCGCCGUCUGCAUGGUCGCCGUCUGCAGCCGCCCGUCACUAAUAAUGUGGCAUCGGUGGAUGUCUGCCGCUCCAACUCAGAGUGGACACCAGAGCCACACUCACGUUGGAAUGAUAGGGACCCGCAGCCCUGGAACGAGCAGCCCUCUCCGAUCGAGCCAAGAAAACGCCAUCUAUCCACGGAUAUCAAAAAACCCGCCGAGAAUUAUUGCGACCGCUUUGGUGGGAAGACGUUCGACGAGACGGGUUACUACAGAGCUUCAACAGAUGAGACAUAUUCUGUUUCGUUGCAAACACGGGCUCGACGUCUUACAGAAAAGUGGACACGAGAUGACGGCAGGGCACGAGAUGACGGCAGGGCACGAGACGAUAGUAGAGCAGACGGUCGUACUCACACCAAACGACGAACAAGUCUUGAUCAGUAUGUCACUAAGCGAAGAAGGUCUCUUGAGGACGCACAUCGCUCUGUCCCUGAAGACCCUCCGAAAGUUCGGGUUCUGGCGGACGGCAGAGUCGCUUGCACCAAAUCUCGUGCAAUCCGGAAGAACAGCCCACGGUGA